AUGGAGCAGAAUGAUACAGUUGCGAAGAAUUUGUCCAGCACUUUCAAUAUAGUCACUGCUGCAAUCAAUGCUGGUGCUGCCGCUGCUGAAGCCGCCAGAGAUGGUGCUCGUGUUGAUCGUACAGAUGCCGCCUCUGCUUUUUUGUCUGUUCUUGCCGCUGCCUCUGCUUCUGCUUCUGGUUUCGCACUUGUGAACGCACCCACACCUGCGCCCGCUCCUGCGCCCGCUCCUGCGCCUGUGCCUGCAUCCACGUCCGCCUUUGCCCCUGCUUCUGCCCCUGCCCCCGCCACCAACCCUGCACUCACGCCCUGCACCUGUACCUUCUGCGUUUGCCCCCUCCUGGCCACUGGUCGUACGAUUGCUAGUUCCUCUGCUUCUGCUGGUUUUGUUUCUGCUGUUUGUGAUGUGGUGCCUGCAUAUGAAAUUAAUCGCAAGGCCACCACAGUGGUGGAGGUGUGGAGGGAAUGGGCUUUGAGCGGAAACAAUGUUGCUCUGCCGCAACAUCAGACUAUCUAUGUUGCGAGCCAGCAGCUCGCUCCUCUUGCCUUCAGCUCUCAGAGUCAGGCCAUCCUUGCCAUUCCAGGGCGGGAUGUACUGAUCGUACGUGGGAGUACGACAGAAGCCCAGGUGCGGAGCCAGCGGGCCAUCGUACAUCAGCAGCAUCCUCACCCAGUCCCGAGGAAUGGUGGGCAGUUUGGGGGGCAUGUGGGAAUUGCAAUUGGCGCGGUCAUUACGGAGCUAGAUGCUCCGUACGAAAUGGAAAUGAUGCGCAGGAGGAUGACUCCAGCCUGGACAAGGAUGAGGCUCACCGUGGCGGUCCUCCUCCACCCCAUCCUCCGUCACGCAAGCGUCCCCCGCUGCCGCCGCCCUUCCCCCGGUCGUCCGGCGCUGAGGAGCUGUAUGAUCCCUCAUACAGGGACUUGA